UCCAGCCGCGGGCCCCGCCCACUACCCCCUAGUAACGGCGCUCACCAUUGGUCGGAUGGCAUCCGGCUCAACCAAUGGGAGGCUCCGCUGUUGCUGCCCGGCCUCCGAGCUCUGUCAUGGCGGCGCCCUGUUUCCCGGCCGGCGUGAAGUGACGGGAUGUUAGGAUUUUUGUCAGCGAGACAAGCCGGCUUGGACCACCCUCUUCGCCUCCGGAGGGCGGAGUCCACGCGGAGGGUUUUGGGACUAGAGUUAAACAAAGACAGAGAUGUUGAAAGGAUCCAUGGCAGUGGAGUUAACACCCUGGACAUUGAACCUGUUGAAGCAAGAUACAUGUUAUCAGGUGGUUCAGAUGGUGUGAUUGUACUUUAUGAUCUUGAGAACUCCAGCAGACAACCUUAUUACACAUGUAAAGCAGUGUGUUCCGUUGGCAGAAACCAUCCUGAUGUUCACAAAUAUAGUGUGGAGACUGUACAGUGGUAUCCUCAUGACACUGGCAUGUUCACAUCAAGCUCAUUUGAUAAAACUCUGAAGGUGUGGGAUACAAAUACAUUACAAACUGCAGAUGUAUUUAAUUUUGAAGAAACCGUUUAUAGUCAUCAUAUGUCUCCAGUUGCCACCAAGCACUGUUUGGUAGCAGUCGGUACUAGAGGGCCCAAAGUACAGCUUUGUGACUUAAAGUCUGGAUCCUGCUCCCACAUUUUACAGGUUAUAUUUGCAGGUCACAGACAAGAAAUAUUGGCAGUUUCCUGGUCACCACGUUGUGAAUAUGUCUUGGCAACUGCAAGUGCUGACAGUAGAGUAAAAUUAUGGGAUGUGAGAAGAGCAUCAGGAUGUUUAAUUACUCUUGAUCAGCAUAAUGGAAAAAAGUCACAAGCUGUUGAAUCAGCAAACACUGCUCAUAAUGGGAAAGUUAAUGGCUUAUGUUUUACAAAUGAUGGGCUUCAUCUCCUUACUGUUGGUACGGAUAAUCGGAUGAGGCUCUGGAAUAGUUCCAGUGGAGAAAAUACACUAGAGAAUUACUGCUCUACUGAGCCACUGUGCAUGAUGCAAGUGUACCAUAUCUCUCAGGUAAACUAUGGAAAAGUUUGUAAUGACAGCAGAAAAGGAUUGAAAUUCACUGUCUCCUAUGGCUGCAGUUCAGAAUUUGUUUUUGUACCAUAUGGUAGCACCAUUGCUGUUUAUACAAUUUACUCAGGAGAACAGAUAACUAUGCUUAAGGGACAUUAUAAAAGUGUUGACUGCUGUGUGUUCCAGUCUAAUUUCCAGGAACUUUAUAGUGGCAGCAGAGACUGCAAUAUACUUGCUUGGGUACCAUCCUUAUAUGAACCAGUUCCAGAUGAUGAUGAGCCUACAACCAAAUCACAGUUAAAUCCAGCAUUUGAAGACGCAUGGAGUAGCAGUGAUGAGGAAGGAUGACUCUCAAUCCUGAGUACUUUUGUGUCUCUAUUGAUGAAACUUUUUGUUUUGUUUGAAAGAUUUUAUUUAUUUGAGAGAGAGAGACAAAGAUAGCAAAGGAGAGAGCAGGAGCUGGAGGAGAGGGAGAAGCAGGCUCCCCGGCUGAGCAGGGGCUUGAUCCCUGGACCCUGGGAUCAUGGCCUGAGCUGAAGGCCACCCAAGUGCCCCUGUAUUGAUGAAAUUUUUAAAAUAGGACUGUUUUUGUUGCUAUUGUUUUCCUCCUAUAUGGUGACAGCUAAAUUAGCCCUGAAUUUGGGUGAUUUUUUCACCCAUAUUUUAAAGUGAGGGUAGUAUUUGCAUGAAAUCCUGAAGCCAACUUUUAUAUAGUUUAUAUAAUCAAAACGUAUUUCCUUGAUCCCUGUUGCUAUGGCCUGGGGCAGCCCUUGUUGUUAUAGUAUACUCUCUAUACUGAAUCCUCUCUGUUGAGACACAUCCUGGCAAUCCCCAGGCCCUCAUGUGGGACUUUGAGCACAUUGUGUGAAGUAUAAGAUGCAGUGUCAGAGGAUGAGCAAGUAAAGAUUAUCAGCACUGAUUUUCUCCUACUAACUGUACCAUCACCUUGUUCAUUUUCACUUCCAAUGAUGCUUUUACUGCAGACAAUCAUAACAAAAAUGAUAGUUGAAAAGUUAACAUCCAGUUCUUUAAUCUUUUUUUUUCAUACAUUCAGUUUUUACAACGAUUUCAUUUAAUCAACCAUUGUAUAGCUUUUAGUUAAAUAUUUUUGGACUCAGUCCAAAAAGUAUGCAUCACAGAAGGUUUUUAACUUGGAGGAAAUCCCAUGUUUCCUUUAUUUUAAUGUACACCUUGUACUCCUGCUUGAACUCCCUUUCUGUGAAUCUCAUUAAGCGUGACCAAGUCCUGUUUCAUUCAUUAAAGCAGGAAAUGCCCUGGUGGGAAAUCUGGCUCAACAUGAAAUAUUGUCAUAAAAUUUUUAUUUUCUAUUCUUC